GGAAUAUUAGUUUACAAAACUAUUCAAAAUAAACAAGAAAAUGUUUUCAAAUAUCAAGCUAGUUUUCACUCUAUGCUUCUUAGGUUUUUUUCUUGGAUGCCUAACGAAAGUUAAUGCUGCAGUUCAUUUUUAUAGGUUUGAAGUGGUAAAUUCUGCACACACAAGGCUAUGCACCAAAAAGACGAUGCUCACCGUAAAUGGACAAUUCCCAGGGCCAACCAUAUAUGCUAGGAGGGGAGAUCUUGUCACAAUUGAUGUUGUUAAUCGUGCUGACCAAAAUAUAAGUAUUCACUGGCACGGAGUAAAAAUGCCGAGGUAUCCAUGGACGGAUGGUACUGAUUACGUGACACAAUGCCCAAUUCAACCCAGGAAAAGCUUUAGACAACAAAUGAUCCUCUCCGAUGAGGAAGGCACGUUGUGGUGGCACGCUCAUAGCGCUUGGUCGAGAAAUUCCGUGCAUGGCGCCAUUGUGAUCCUACCUCCGACAAGGGAGACCUAUCCUUUUCCCAAGCCUCAUGCUCAUGUUCCCGUCAUCAUUGGAGAGUGGUGGAAUUCUAAGGUUGAAAAAGUCUACGAGAAAUUCCUCGCCAGUGGAGACGAUCCGGAGCCUUCUGAUGCUUUCCUCAUCAACGGCCAACCAGGCGACCUCUAUCCCUGCUCAAAACAAGACACAUACAAGUUGCAAGUGGAAUAUGGGAAAAGAUACCUAAUCAAAUUGAUUAACGCUGCAAUGAACAACAUCAUGUUCUUCAAAAUCAGCAACCACAACUUCACCGUGGUUGGGGCGGAUGGCGCCUACACGAAACCGGUGUGGACCGACUACGCCGUGCUAUCCCCGGGCCAAACCCUAGAUUUGCUCGUAGAAGCAAACCAGCCGGUGAGCCAUUACUACAUGGCCGCCAAAAUCUACGCCAGCGGCUACAAACCCUUCAACACGGUCAUCCCCGCCACCGCGGUAAUUGAGUACGCAGGCAAGUACAUGUCACCGCCGCUGCUCCCAUCCUUCCCGGAAUACAACGACGCGACCGCGACAAUCGACUUCACCAGCAAACUGAGAAGCCUAGGAAACGAGGUGGACGUUCCCAAGGAAGUGGAGGAAACCCUGUUCUACACUCUUGCAGUGAACCAAUUGGAAUGCACGAAACCCUCGUGUGAGAAGUCGUUUAAGCUGCUCUCGAGCAUCAACAACGUCUCGAUGCUGCUCCCCACAAGCAUCGACAUUCUCCAAGCUUACUACAGAGGAAUCAGUGGGGUGUUCACCGCUGAUUUCCCCGACUUCCCGCCUUCUUCGUUCGACUACACGCAAGGCGUGACACUGCCGGAGGAGAGCGCGCCGAGAUUCGGAACAGCUGCUCGUGUGUUGGAGUAUAACACAAGCUUGGAAAUAGUGUUUCAAGGAACCAACAACGGCGGGGGCGAGGAGCAUCCCAUGCAUUUACACGGCCACAGCUUCUACGUCGUUGGGUCCGGGUUAGGGAACUACGACCGCAUCCGGGACCCGCCCAACUAUAAUCUUGUCGACCCGCCGUUGAUGGAAAACAUUGCCGUUCCCAAGAACGGAUGGACCGCUAUAAGAUUUAAGGCUAACAAUCCAGGAGUAUGGUACAUGCAUUGCCACAUCGAGCGGCACCUGACAUGGGGAAUGGGAAUGGUGUUCAUUGUGAGGGACGGGAAGCGCCCCGAUGAGAAGAUGCUGCCGCCUCCUCCGAAUAUGCCAAGCUGCGGCCGCGAACCGUCAUCCCCUCCUCUUGCAUUUGGUGCUCCACUGGGGAAGAGAGAAGACGAAGCUCAAUAAUUUUAUCUAACUUCAUUAAUUACAACGUCGUUUGCUAAUUCUGUAUGUGCUGCUAUUACGUUGAAAACUUUCUUUAUCA